CCGUGGAUCUGAGUGGGCUCCAGCGGCUGCUUGUAGAGAUUUCAGAGCUCUAGAGCCCCGUGUUGUGUGCAUAUCCAAACGCUACCGCGAGCACGCUCCAGCAAGCCAAAUGUUAGCUAGCAUGUUAGCUCGUAGCCUUAUUGUGGUUAGCCGGCCGAGCUGUCAAAUAUCCGACUCUUUCCAGACUGAGUUCGCUGUUGUGAAUGCUAACGAGGCUAACUGCUAACAGAAGUGUUGUGCAUACCUCCAUGAACAACUUAAAUGACCCCCCCAGAUGGAACAUCCAGCCUGACGCCAGAGGACGGGGGGCGGGGGACGGCGAUGGCAACCAAUGGAACUACGCCCUGCUGGUCCCCAUGCUGGGACUGGCUGCGUUUCGUUGGAUCUGGACCAGAGAGUCUCAGAGAGAGAUCCAGAAGGUCAGAGCCCAGUAUGACAAGGAUGUGUCCACCAUGAGAGAGGAGAUGGAGACACGGUACAGGGAGACACUGACAGAGAGGCGCAGGGCAGCUGCUAAACUAGAGCUGGAGCUAGAGAAGGAGAGACAGAGGGUGAAAGGCUACAAACAGGCCCUUAUCUCACAGAGCCAGCAGCUGAUGGAAGAGCGGAAACAGCUUCAACAGGAGCGAGAGGCCUUGGAGGAAGAGAAGCAGAAGCUGGUAAAGUCCGGAGCUGCUGGUGCUGUGCUGCAUCAUGCCCUGGAACGAGAGCAGGACUGGUACCAGAGAGCCACAGCCACUCUGAAGGAGUUAGAGGGUCACCUUGUGGAACGCCAGAAUGCCUACUGUUCCCUCAUCCAACCCCGAGAUCAGCGGCUGGAGAUGGAGAAGAACAUGCUUCUGAGGGUUGUCAAAAACCCCAUCAGGGCAGAACUAGACCUAGAGACUGACCUGAAGGACAUUUUUAAGAGAGAUAAGAGCUGUGCUGACCUGCUGAACAAUGACAAGAGGAAGAACGGAAGCCUCAUGUGGGUGUAUCUCAAGUACUGGCAGCUGCAGGUCACUGUCCAGAAACACAAGAAUGCUGAGGAAGCCAUAUUAGGAGGGAAAAUCCAGUCUCACACAAAGUGACAGAAGACAAGGCUGGUGUUUUUCCUCUGACUAUUGAAGAGCACUGAAAAUGAACAUGUAUUGUUCAUUCUGAGGAAUAGUCUUAUCUUGACAGGGAUGUUAUGGGAACGCACAAGAUAAUCGCAACAAGAUCAUGUUCAGCCUCCGAAAGUUCCAUCCUUCAUCUCUGAGUUUAGAAAAGAGGAGAACUUUUGUCAGGUUUAACAUGCUGAAAUACAACGUUUCUUCAGAAGCUCCAGAUAAGACUCAUUAGCUUUAAAUCAACUGUGGGAAAACCCACAAUCAUAAAUAUGCAUUCGAAUCUCUGUUAAUAUCCAUAUUGGAUACUCAACCAAUGUUUGAUUACAUCUACAGUUUUAUUUUUUCUAUCUAUACCUUUGAAAAGGUGGUCUGAGGGCCAUGAAUCACUUCUAGGUGAGUGAAUGUGUGAAUGUUGACUUUUAUUUUGCUCCCUCUGUCUUUGGAAUGAAUUAAUGGCUUCAAAAAAUGGUGCAUGUCAUCCCAGGUAACACACAGAGAAAAAACUGUCUCAUCAGGAAAACUACAUUAAAUCAAAAACUGGCACACAAAACAUUAGUAAUACAUGGUUAAGUCUUUCAGUGCUCUGGUAUGUGUGGAUACUGGGUUUUUAUAUGUCGAUGGAUGGUUGUGGGACAGUUUCUAGUCUUCAGUCUGGAUUUGUGGGAGUCUCAUGUCUAUCGGCAGGGAGACAGGAUUAGUUCAGGUGCAUGUGAAUUUGAAUAAGGGAACAGAGCACUAAGUAGUGCUUGGAUAUGAACCUCAUUACACUGCUACAACAAAAAUAAAAUAUAAAACACUGAA